ACUUUCAAAUUCAGCAUCCUAUCUACUAUCUUUUUCUUCGUUGUAUAAUAUCGACUAGCUACGAUUAUGGCAAAUAGCUUCGCACAAACUCUCGCCGGUGGUACUCAAGAUCUUGCUGCUCUCGCCGGUCUGUUCUGCACAGAUGGAGUCGAACGGAACGCUUUGUCUGUCCAAUCCGGUUACUUUGGCAUCGCGGCGUCCUCUCUGUCACUCCUAGGCAUAUUAGGCCUUGUUAGAAGUGCCAUUAAGGUUGCUCUCGGUCUUCGCCGGUGCUCAAACGCUGGCUUCAACCUCGACUCUCUCCGGGGUCUUUACGGUUACCUGCUCGAAGAAAGUGAAGAGCAGAAGAACAGGAUUGAAUGUGAUUAUACAGAAGUCGCUUUUGGUAAGACUAAGAGUGUAAAGAAUGGAAAGGUAGCCAUAGACACGCAUAUUGGCAACGACAAGUACGACCACGUGGUUAUUCGCAGAAAGAAGCGAUUUUUCGAUCCCCAACUGACCCCAAUCGUGAAUGUUGGGAGUGACUGGCCAGAGAAGCUUUAUUCCAAGACGGUGGUCAAUCUUGGCAAUCUUCAACGCGAGAAAAGUGUAUCACAAAGUCCCAUCCUCAUCGGCCUCCUCUUAUUUCUCUGUCCCGGUAUGACUGCAUGGCUUUUGUUAGUUGUCAGUACGACCUGGAACGGAGUUCUUCUUUUCGCAACACUUGGUCUUCAUAUCUCGCUACCACUGCUGAUAUCUGUCCCUAUAUGGCAUGGGCGCAAUAUGAGUCAACCUGGUGCUCAUAUGAGCGUCAAUGCGUGGAAUAUUCUCACAGGUGGUAAAUACGAAUCUCAACCGGAAGAGAAAAAAAGACUCAACAAGCUGAGCUUCCUACACGCGCGUGUAGCCGACGGCGAUGUAUUACACAUCUCAGGCGACCGUAAACUUCUCGAUUCGGAGAGAAUGCAGGGUCUAGUCCUUUUACCUGCCAUUGUUUGUGCAAUCGCCUAUGUAUGUCAAUAUGCCGUUCUGACAAAAGCUUCCAAUCGUCAGAGCUUGAUAUGGGUCGGCUGCCAGGCUGUUCUUGCACUCGUACGCUUACUUUUCUGGAUACUUGAUCCACAGUUUGACAACCCCGAAGGAAUGCAAACCGAAUAUGCAAUUUUCAACAACACCCAAUUUCAACAAUUCACGUUGAUGGAAAUGGCUUGUGCUUGUUCUGAAAGCCCUAGCGGAACAAUAAUUCCGCGCUGGGCAUGGGAGUAUCUGCUGGAGACUGAUAUUACCAGGCUCCUUGAGGCAGCAAUACCUGAUGACCCGCCUCUGUCUCCGGAAAAAGGACUCAAAUUUUUAAUCUUGUUGGAUAUAGACUUCGACCGUAUCGUCCGACGACGUCGUGGCCGGCUUGAACCAGAAAAUAUCUAUGGUAACUUUUGGAGGCUGGGAUUGGAGAUGCUUGAAGACCAAACGAUUCGACCCUUUAUUCUUAUCGAGUUGCUCCUCAAAGCCAGCACCCAAAACGGUCCGUCAAUCCUGAAUCCCUGUAACCUCCAUGUCUUCAACCAGCAAGGAGACCGCAUACAUCUUCAACCCAUCGGGGGAAAGUGUCCAGAUAACUGCUCCUUCCUCAUCGGCCCCAACGCCGAGAAUAAAUCAUCGGCUCUUGAGGACAAGGAUAGCUGGAGAUACCUUCUGGACAGAAGUAGAAAAGUGCGCAAUCUUUUCAAAGACCACUUUUUCGAUAAGAUUCCUUGGCAAUCGGUUAACACAUGGGGUGAUGCUCUCUGGACUGUUGCUACGCCUGGCAUUACGGAUAGAAGGGACAACGUACACCCUGCACAUGCAACGACUACACGGACGUGGGGAAAUGGAAACAACGGGAAUAUGACUGGGGCUAUUGAGUUUGUUCAAGAAUACAUUAAAGACGGUGUGCAGAGUGCGAGCGUGAAGAAGAGGGGGAAUGGUCGCGGUGGGAAUAAGACAGAGGUCAUUGAGAAUGUUUGA